AACAUCCUUCAAAAUGGGCCGCACCCUCCAAAAAAAGAAAAACCGCUCCUCAAUAAGCAAAGUCAAACACAAGCCCAAAUCCCAAAAACGCCUCCUGCACCACCCCAUCAUCGCCCAAAACUGGGACAAAAACCUCACCUUCGCACAAAACUACUCUCGCCUCGGUCUCACGGCCAAAUUGAACAAGUCGACUGGAGGCGUGGAGCGCAAAGUGUCGGAUGUGCGUCGGGAAGAAGAGGAGGGAGGCGAGUCGAGGGGGAAAGUGGAUCCGUUGAAUAUUACGGCGGCGACGAAGAGGAAGGAACGGUUGGAUGUUAGUGAGGUGCGGAUUGAGCGGGACCCGGAGACCGGGGCGAUUUUGAGGGUUAUGGAUGAGGGGAAGGGGAAGAGGAGUAAUCCGUUGAAUGAUCCGUUGAAUGAGUUGGAUAGUUCGGAGGAAGACGAGGAUGAAGAGGGCGAGGAGGGAGAUGACGAUAUUCUCAACCUUAAGAAUCAACACGGCAGCACAGAUCUUGCGUCCUCCAGCCGACGAGCGGCGAACAAGACUGAGACGGUGCGGCAAUUGGAGGAAGCGGCGAAUCGACCUGUCACG